AUGCUGCGCUAUAAACCAUAUCGUGCUCUCAAGAACGCCGCGGACGAUUGGGUCGCCAAUCUCAACCUUUCUGCGCUCCAAGAGUACGGAAAGAACCAUGCCCCGAUCAACGUCUUAGUUCUCUAUGGCUCCUUGCGAGAGCGAUCCUUCUCCCGUCUGCUCGCGUACGAAUUCGCCAGGAUCCUUGACCGAUUGGGUGCUGAUGUCCGCGUGUUUGACCCUACGGGCCUCCCAGUCAAGGACGGCGUGUCCGAGAAUCAUCCCAAGGUCCAAGAGCUGCGUGAGCUCAGCCAGUGGUCCCACGCACACGUCUGGGUGUCUCCUGAGCAGCACGGCAAUGUCACAGCUGCCUUCAAGAACCAAAUCGACUGGAUCCCAUUGUCUCUAGGCUCGGUCAGGCCAACGCAAGGCAGGACACUGGCGAUUGCGCAGGUGUCCGGCGGCUCGCAAAGUUUCAACACUGUCAACACGCUCCGAAUCCUGGGGAGGUGGAUGCGCAUGUUUACGAUUCCGAACCAGUCGUCCGUACCCAAGGCCUGGACAGAGUUCAAUGAAGAUGAUCGAAUGAAGCCGAGUGAUCUGCGCCAGCGUGUUGUCGAUGUUGCGGAAGAGCUGUUCAAGUUCACGCUUCUCUUGAGGCCCCAGACAGAAUUCCUCACAGACAGAUAUAGCGAGAGAGAAGAAAAGUUGAAAAACGGCUGCUUACUCUCUCAGGCUGAAAAGUUGCAGUGA